UGACAACCACAGAAAAGUCCACUUCCUUUUUCCUUUUCAUUUUCAUGUUAUUAUCUCCAAGGAAUAAUGAUUUCUUGAUUCAACCUUUUCAUCAUAUUCUGGUCCCAAUGUUCAGAAUACUCAGAAAGAAACUGAAGCGCCUCUUCCAUGGCCUCCGCCGCUCAUUUCGCCGCCGUUCCAAGAACGCCGCCGUCGUCAAAACAUUUCUCAAAUCCGAUUCCAACCCAGCUCACACCGCCUCCUCCGCCGCCAUUCGUCCCGCCUUGCGCGUCGCCACCUUCAAUGCCGCCCUCUUCUCCAUGGCGCCGGCGGUUCCGAGGUCUGGAAGAUCAGCCAGCUUUGAUUUCGGAGAUGAAGACUACACCCACUCCCAUACCCAUCUGAGAUCAAACUCCAUGGACAGUCGGCCCAAGGGCAUUCUGAAGCAGUCUUCCCUGCGUCUCAACUCCAUGGCCCGAAGAGAGAAUGAUGUCUUCGCGGCCAAAUCGAAGCCACGGGUUUCGAUUAAUUUGCCGGACAAUGAAAUCUCCCUGAAGAAGAGUGGGCAGUUGAGCUUUCUCGAGAAUGAAAAGGAGAGUUCGAGGACGAGUAGUAGGAGCAGGGGGAAGGCCGCCGGUGGAAAGAAUGGCGGCGAGAUUUAUGGAAAUAGGAGGACGAUUUUGGAGGUGUUGAGAGAGGUGGAGGCGGAUGUGGUGGCGCUGCAAGGCGUGAAGGCGGAGGAGGAGAAAGGGAUGAAGCCAUUGUCAGAUUUGGCUGCCGGUUUGGGGAUGAAUUAUGUGUUUGCAGAGAGCUGGGCUCCGGAGUAUGGCAAUGCCAUCUUGUCCAAGUGGCCUAUUAAGAGCUGGAAGGCCCAAAAGAUCUUUGAUGACUCUGAUUUCAGGAAUGUCCUAAAGGCGAAAAUCGAGGUUCCUCAAGUAGGCGAAUUCGACUUGUAUUGCACCCAUCUUGACCAUUUAGAUGAAAACUGGAGAAUGAAGCAGAUGAAUGCCAUAAUCCAGUCAGCUGACACACCCCACCUUUUAGCUGGAGGUCUAAAUUCACUCGAUGAAACGGAUUAUUCACCUGAGAGAUGGGCAGAAAUUGUUAAGUACUAUGAAGAGAUGGGAAAGCCAACUCCCAAAGUUGAGGUGAUGAAGCACUUAAAGACUAAACAGUACGCUGAUGCCAAAGAUUUUGGCGGCGAAUGUGAGUCUGUCGUCGUGAUUGCCAAAGGACAGAGUGUACAGGGAACAUGUAAGUAUGGAACACGAGUGGAUUAUAUACUGGCUUCACCACAUUCGUCGUUCAAGUUUGUGCAAGGAUCCUACUCGGUUCUCUCUUCCAAGGGAACUUCGGAUCAUCACAUAGUGAAAGUUGACGUGGUUAAAGUAGACGAGGAGGAGGAGCGUCAGCAAUGUGUUGAUAGCAGUAACAAGCGGCCAGCCAAGAAGAAAGUUGUAAAGAUUACAGAUCCUAAUUCUUCAAAGGGUUUAUGGAAAAUACAUACAUAACAUUCCUAAUGGAAAAUUUUUGUUUUGUUUUGUUUUUUCACUGCUCUGUAUUGGUCUGUAAAGCAUUACUAAUCUUUCACUCCUAUUUACCUUUUUCUUUUCCAGAAAGAAACUGAAGAGGUAAAGUAUCCAUAAAUCUCAAAUAGUAUAUGGAAUUGUUGUGAUACACUGCUAUAACACAUUUAACAAUUUGCUCGA